GUGAAGAAGCCCUUCUACCAGCUCCUAAGGCCAAAAAAAAGUCUCCGGUUUCUGGAGCGAUGAUGUCUGCAAGCAGGUGCCGGUGAUGUACGCGUUGAUGUCGGGCAAGAAAGCAGGUGACUACAAAGCCGUUCUGCGGGCGGUGAAGAAGGCCCUGCCGGAUGAGUUGGAGCUCCAAGAGGCGAUGGUGGACUUUGAGGCAGGCAUCUGGAAGGCCUUGUCAGCCGUAUUCCCGCAGGUUAAACGCCUGGGCUGCUCGUUUCAUUGGAAACAGGCCGUGUGGCGGAAGAUCCAGGUACUCGGUCUUCAGACAGCGUAUAAGCAGUCCAAGGAUGUCCAUCAACUGCUGAAGGAACUAAUGACCCUACCCUGCCUCCCCGCGGAGAUCAUCGAGACAGUUUUCCAGUCGUUGCGGGAACGAGCAGAGGGGCCUCUGCUUCAGCAGGUGUUCAAGUACGUGCACGACACGUGGAUAACGUCAGAUGUCUGGACGCCGUCUUCCUGGUCAACCUUCCUGUCGAGCAUCCGAACCAACAACGACGUGGAAGGUUGGCACAGCCGCCUCAAUUGGAAGACGGGCCGAGCCAACCUGACCCUCUACGAGCUUAUAUCAGCCCUGCACCGGGAGGCUCUCUCUGUCGGCAUCCAAAUGCGGCUUGUUUCUGAGAAGAAACUCAGCAAGUUUCAGCGGCGACAAUGGAGAAGUCAGCAGGCCCGACUCUUCGCCCUCUGGGAUGAGUUCGUAAGUGGGCAGCGGACAGCUAAACACCUACUACGUGCAGCUGCCAACAUCGUCGGACAGGCGCCAGAUGACAAGUAAUGCACAGAGUCCAUUCUGAGGUUCAUAGUCCAUUCUAAAUAAUGACAGUUAAGAAAUGUAAUUAUAAUCAAACCUUCACGAAUCUUUAACUUCAGUAUUGUGCGUUUACAACUUCAGUAUAAAUAAUGACAGUUAAGGAAUGUAAUUAUAAUCAACCCUUUACGAAUAUAUAACUUCGGUAUUAUGCGUUUACUUUUACAUUCUGAGGUCAACACGACAUCCUGAAUAACAGUUAAGGAAAGUAAUUAUAAUUAACCCUACACGAAUCUAUAACUUCAGUAUUGUGCGUUUACAACUUCAGUAUAAAUAAUGACAGUUAAGGAAAGUAAUUAUAAUUAACCCUUCACAAAUCCAUAACUUCAGUGUUGUGCGUUUACUUUUGUUUUUCAAAUUUUAUGAAGUGCGAAUUUAUUUCGAAUGCAUGUCCCGAAUGGUAUCCUAGUGAGGGAUAUGACUUCACGAAUCCAACUUCAGUAUAAAUAAUGUAAGUUAAGGAAUGUAAUUAUAAUCAACCCUUCACGAAUCUAUAACUUCAGUAUUGUGCGUUUACAACUUCAGUAUAAAUAAUGACAAUUAAGGAAUGUAAUUAUAAUCAACCCUUCACGAAUCCAUAACUUCAGUAUUAUGCGUUUACUUUUGUCUUUCAAAUUUUAUGAAGUGCUAAUUUAUUUCGAAUGUCCCUAGUAUAUAGUAGUCCCUGGUAGCCUAGUACAUCAGGCCUGAGAGAAAAAUGGUGAGAAGAUGUCAUAAUAACACUUGACAAA